AUGGCAAUGGGGAUGAAUUUAGUAUUCCUUGCUGCCAUUCAAUGUGUUAUCUUUUUUAUUUCAGCACUUCUGAUCACCACCGUUAGCUGCGACGACGCGGCGCUAAUUCCGAGUUCCGAUACGGCUGUAAACGACUGGUUUCAAGCGAAUGUGAAGCCGUUUGCGAGCCGUAAAGGAACCCUAGAUCCUGCCCUAGCAGCUGCUGAAGCUAACCCUAAAACAAUAAAGGUUAGAAAGGAUGGAAGCGGAGAUUUUAAGACAGUGACCGACGCUCUUAAGAGCAUUCCGGCAAAGAAUAAACAGAGAGUGAUUGUGGACAUUGGUGGUGGUGUUUAUAAUGAGAAAGUUACCGUUGAAGUUGGUAAAGAUUUUGUUACAUUUAUUGGAUCUUCUAAAGAUAAACCAACUAUUGCUUUUGGUAAAACUGCUAAAGAAGUUGGAACUGAUGAUAGUGCCACUUUGAUUGUUGAUGGUGAUUAUUUUGUUGCUGUAAAUUUGAUCAUUCAAAAUACUGCACCAAGGCCAGACGGGAGACCAAAAGCUCAAGCAGUUGCACUAAGAAUUUGGGGUAACAAGGCAGCCAUUUAUGGCUGCAGACUUCUUGGAUUUCAAGACACUUUAUGUGACGACAAAGGCCUCCAUUUUUACAAGGAUUGUUACAUUGAAGGCACAGUCGAUUUCAUUUUCGGACGCGGAAAAUCCAUGUUCCUGAAUACUGAAAUAAAAGUGCUAGAGGAUAAGCUUUUAACAGUUAUAACAGCACACGCACGAUCAACAGCUAAAGAAGAUACCGGAUUCGUAUUCGCACACUCGAAGAUAAACGGAGACGGGACGGGCGCGUUCCUAGGACGAGCUUGGAUGGAAAUGCCGAGAGUUAUUUUUGCUUAUUCUAAAAUGAGUAGAGUCGUCAAUCCGGGUGGAUGGUUCGAUAACUUCCAUCCCGAAAGACAAAAGACUGUGGAAUUUGCAGAAUACAAGAGCACCGGACCGGGUUCUGAACCGAGUGGGCGAGUUAAAUUCACGAAACAACUCACAGAUGCAGAAGCUAAAGCCUAUCUUACUCUUGGCUAUAUUCAAAGUGCUCAAUGGCUGCUUCCUCCACCAGCUCUUUAA